CCUCGAGACAGUGCAACGAUCAUCAGUGCAACAUGAAGUUCUGCGCCGCGGCGAUUGUUCUGAUCGGCGCGAUCGCAAACGCCGCCGACAACGUGCUACCCGAUCUGAAGGACGUUGGAGAGAUCGCUAACGGCGAAGUGUACGCCCUGCAGUGUCUGCUCGAAAGUGGGAUCAAGCUGGAAUCGCUCACGGCUGGUGGGCUUGCGGCGAGCGAUCUGAAAGAUUUGGGCAAAGUCAAGUGCAUGGUGAGGUGUUUCUUCGAGAAGACGGGUUUCAUGGACAAAAGCGGAAAGCUCCAGCAGGACGCCAUAGUGGAGCAGUUGUCCCGGUUUACGGCCCGCGGCCAGGUCGAGGAGUUGGUGCGAAAGUGCAACUUCCAGGAGCCGGACGCGUGCGAUACGGCCUACCGAGUGACCGAGUGCUACUUCCAGAGCAAGGCCGGCCUGUUCUAAGUGAUUGAUUUGCGAAUCGGUUUUGAAUAAAUUCCCACCGCCCGACAGCUGAAUCGUGUGAGUUUG